AUGGCAGCCGCAGUUCUGGAUACCGAAUCCUUUGGUGGCCAUGAAUGCCUGGAAGAAGACGAGGAGGAACUGGAGACCAGCCUGGAGGACCCCGAGAGCGAGCCAGUGGGGAAGUUCAUUCCAGGCGGGCGUGGCUGCUGCAUCCUGACCCGCCGCGGGGUCACUUUUCGGCCGGGAGAAGGCGUGCUCUCGAUUUACUAUCUGGGGAAGAAAUUCUUGGGCGACCUGCUGACAGACGGGAAGAUUGUUUGGCAGGAGACGGGCCAGGUGUUCAAUUCGCCAAGCGCCUGGGCAACGUAUUGCAAGAAGUUGGUCAACCCGGCCAAGAAAUCUGGGUGCGGCUGGGCGUCUGUCAAGUACAAAGGCCAGAAGCUGGACCAAUACAAAGCCGUCUGGUUAAAGAAGUACCAGCCCAACACCCCCCCUGCAGAUGAGGGCUUGGUGAGUGAAGGAGAGGAGGAAGAACUUGCUGAUGAUGAGGAAGAAGAAACCAAAGGGGUUAAAUCCUCCCUCUCGGAGUCCAUGCUGGCUCGGAAGCUGGAGGAAAAAGCCCGGAAACAUCCCAACAGAAGUCUGGCAGAAUCGCUUGGCACGGAUAAUGGCAAGCGGCCAGAGAGCAAGAAUUGUGUUCCUGUACGCUACUGCAGCCUGGGGAGUCGGGAUUUGGCCAGGAAUCCCCACACCCUGGUAGAGGUGACGUCCUUCGCAGCGCUGAACAAAUUCCAACCCUUCAACGUUGCCAUUUCCAGCAACGUUCUUCUACUCUUGGAAGAUUGGCCAGGGAAAGUUUGGGCUGAUGCCAACCUUGUCCUCAUUCCAUUUAUAGUACUGACAGUGCUCAGGGCCUUCCCUUGCCGGUCACGCCUCGGAGAUGCAGAGACGGCGGCUGCUGUGGAGGAGGAGAAGAGGCCAGCCUGGUUUCUUGCCUGCUGGGAUGGAUUUCGAGGUCCUUACUACCCUGGCAACCAAGGCAUGGAGUCGAAGAUCUCGCCCUUCUGGGUCAUGCCUCCUCCAGAGCAAAGACCUUACGAUUACGGGAUCCCCAUGGAGGUGGAAGUCACUUACAUCCAGGAUGGCUUCCUGACCAACGAUGUUCUUCAUGAGAUG